AUGGCACAGGUGCCCCAGUCGACUCUCCGGUAUCUUUUCCACGACGUCUUGAAGUCCAGGUUGCCAUACCACGACCCCAACCGCGCCUACUCCGAUAUUGUCUCGACCCUACAGAGGUAUCCUGGGAUCACAGUCAAGGGCACAAAAGAGUAUAUCUUCGACAACGGCAAGCCAGAACUCCUUCUCUACCUCGGCGGUGUGCUUCCUGUUUCGUUUCGAGGAUCCCUCUACCACUUCCCGAUCCUGAUAUGGAUCCCAUACGCAUACCCAUACGAAGCUCCGAUAAUAUACGUUGAUCCCAGCGAUGAUAUAGCCGUUAACCCUGGCCAACAUGUUGCGACAGACGGCAAGAUCUACCACCACUACUUGGCGCAUUGGCGAGAAACGUGGGACAGGUCACACAUAGUCGAGUUCCUGGGCAUACUAUCCGAUGUUUUCGCCAAAGAACCACCAGUGAGGUCAAGAUCACGUCCCAUACCACCACCCCACCAGCAGAGCCCGGCGCCACCACCGAGGCCACCACUGCCCCAUGAGGCGCCACCACCAAGACCACCUCCCCCUCAAUCACCAGGAGGUGGCCCGCCUCCACCUCCACCAAAAGAACCGUCCGCAAAUGGUCGAAUAAGCAGUCCAGCUCAACCCAGACCAGGUCGAUAUGAUGCGCCCCCACCAUUGCCGUCGCAAAGCUCGUCUCGGCCUACGUCUACGCACCAGCAGCAGCCGCAGCAACCCAGGCCGCCGUCCCAGUAUCAAUCGCAAAGAAGCACGAGUCUGAGGCAAUCGCAUCCUCAACAACCUCCCCCGCCGCAGAAUUGGCAGCAGCCUCCACAACCCCAACAGUUUCGGCAAGCGCCCCUUCCCAACCAGUACCAACAAGCACCCCAGCGGCACCCGUCGCAGCAUCUACCACACCAGCCUGGGCCUCGUCAGCCGCCUCUACAGCAACAGCAAGCUCCCCAAGCCAAGCCUCCGCCUGGCCCUGACCUUCUCGGCUCCCCAUUCGACCUGCCGCUCCCGAAUUUUGCUCGUCCUGCUGAAAAUCUCCCGGCGCCGCCCAUACCACGAAAUCCUGAGAAGGAUGCCCUUCUGUCCCACCUAUCCACCAUCCUGACCAACGAUCUGCACCAACAGAUACAACAAUCAACUUCCCAACUCCCCGCCCUCCAAGCGCAGACCGCUGCCCUUACCAGCACGAAACAGACUCUGCAAGCUGAGCUCUCAGCUCUUGCCGCCCUUCAAGCCUCUCUACAAUCCAACAUCACCGCUUUGAGCACUUCCUUGAGCUCCGCUAGCUCGGCCAUCACCGAUGCUCAACGCCGCGCUGCGAAGAACGAUCUGCCCGCCGUCGAUGCUAUGCUCACGACACCACAUAUCGUCAGUCAGCAGCUCUAUACUGCCGUAGCGGAGGAAAGGGGCAUUGAGGCCGCGAUUUGGGGCCUACAAGAGGCUUUGAUUGGAGGUAGGGUAGGAAGCGAAGUCUGGUCGAGACGGACGAGAGAGCUGGGCCGCGAAGAAUUCAGGCGGAAGUGGGUGGUGAGGAAAGCAGGAAGGGGAUGGGGACUAGAGGGUUUAUGA